AUGAUAAAACUGAACCUGUGUCAAUCCACUCGCUCCAUCUAUCUGGGUCUGGCGUGCCUGUCCCUCGCUCUCCACCUCCUUCUGGCAUUUUUUUGUCUCUCAGUCCUCCAGACUGCCUGUGUCCUUCCCACCUCCUCCUCUUUGUCAUCUUCUUCCAUUCCACGAACAGAUACUCAGCACCAUCAGUCUAGUGCCCACUCCUCCUCUUCUUCAGCUGUGUCCUCCUCACAUAAACUCCCAACAAGCCGUCAGGACGAAGAGCAUCACAAACCGAAUGCCAAAACCUUGCAUCCUAAAGAGAAAGACUCAUUCAGUGACGCCACUGAGAGAGAGAAGAAGCUGAUUGGAUCUGUAAAAGUGAUUCAAAAGGUUAAGAGUGGUUCUAAGCUGGAAGCGCUGUUCAAGCACCCGCUGUACAACCUGCCACGCCCAGAGCUGCUGCAAGAUGAUUGGCUGCUGAGGGUGAAGACAAAUGAACACGCAGGGGAUACGGGAAGUGAGGAAGGGCGAAGUGAAGACGCCAUCAAUAGUGACAGUGAUCAGGAGGAAGGCUACGACAAAGUCACUUGGACGAGCGAUGUGGAGACCCACCCUCCCUGGCUGCGGUUCCACCUGGGCAUCUCUCGCUGGGAGCUGUACAACAGGAAGGAUCCCAACCUGGCCCAGCUGACUCAAUAUUUGGCAACUCAGCGUAUCCUUGGGGCUGUUCAGAAGACAGGAGGCACCCAGCUCAAACUGCUCAUGUCGUUUCCAAACUACGGACAAGCUCUGCUGAAGCCCAUGAAACAAUCCAGAGAUGCAGAGACGGAUGUAAACCUCUUCUACUUCUCAGACUUUGAAAGACACAAUGCAGAGAUCGCUGCUUUUCACCUUGACAGAUUGUUGGGCUUUAACAGGAUCCCUCCAGUGGUCGGUCGACUCGUCAAUGUCACUACAGAGAUCAGAGAGAUCACCACUGACCACAGGCUGUCUAGGACCUUCUUCACUUCCCCUGUGGGGAACGUGUGUUUCUAUGGCCGGUGUGAGUACUACUGUUCGUCAGAGCACCCAGUGUGCGGUCAGCCGCAUGCACUGGAGGUUUCCCUGGCUGUCAUGCUACCUGACCUCACCCUCGCUCCCCGCAGGUCGUGGAGGUCACCAUGGAGACGCUCCUACAGCCGCACAAAGCUAGCACAGUGGGAGAAGGACCCGGCCUACUGUGACACAGUGAAACAGACGCCUCCUUACAUCCACGGCACCAGACUGGUGGAUCUCAUAGACAUGGCUGUACUGGACUUCCUCAUGAGCAACAUGGACAGACACCACUAUGAGACGUUUGAGAAAUUUGGCAACAAGACUUUUCUGCUGCAUCUGGAUAACGGACGGGCGUUUGGGCGUCACUCUCGGGAUGAGCCAUCUAUUCUGGCUCCUUUGCAACAGUGCUGCAGGAUCCGUCGCUCCACCCUCCUCCGCUUGCGACUCUUGUCCCUCCCUGGCUUCCGCCUGAGUGAUGUCAUGCGGGAGUCUCUGGUCCAGGAUCCUUUGGCACGAGUGGCCCCCCUUCUCUCUGAGCCACACCUCUCUGCUUUGGACCGACGCCUUGCCACCAUCCUCCAGGUAGUGCAGAGCUGUCAGCAUCACCACAAAGAUGUCAUUUACAACGACUUGGAAGGAGAUAAUGAAGACUACGAUCAACAGCCUGACUGGGGCUUCAAACAAUAA